AUGGCCGGUUUGAAAUUAGUCACCAGUCGCGGAAAUGGUAAUAACGAAUAUCUAAAUCUUAUCCUUAGCCUAACCCAUAUAGUCAAAACAGACAUUGAUCCUCGCAAUGAAUUUAAUAAUUUCACAUUCAAAGAUUAUCUACAAAAAUUUAAACCGAGUCUUAUUUGGAGAGAAAUCGAAGAAAACAACAAAUUUAACGGCAUAAACAGCACAUUAAAAGAUGAAUUCGACAAUAUUUACAAACGUAUCGACAUAUCUGACGAGCUUUUAAAUUUGAAAGUUAAAAAUGGUGAUCCAAAAAUAAUAUUACGAAGAGAUGGUAGGCGAUGGAAGCCCCCCGGAAACGUUGUGUCGAAUAAUAACGAUCCUUUCAGCGUGAGACCCAGGAUCUUCGAAUUGAUGAAACAGACUAUAUACCAAGCGAGAAAUAAAAUGGUCAUAAUGCAGGUCUUAAGAGAGAAAUACAAUAGGAUAUCCGUAUAUAAAAUGGGUUUUUUGAUUAGCAAAACGGAUACCGCGUGCAAAACUUUUUCAAGAUUUGCGUAUAAGGCGUUUAAGGCUUGCACUAUGACAAGACAAAAUGCUAUCUCCACCCAUCCUUUGAUCGAUAUGUUGGAAGCGAACGAAAGACUGUUAGAUCUGUGGUUUGAUAUAGACCUACUAGUUGAUUUGAUAAACGUUAAUCACGAAAACUGCAAGCGAAUGCUAAAUCAAGUUCUGACCAAUAGAAAGCAUGCUUGGAAGUUUAUCGAUUAA